CGGCGAGAGUGGUACGCCCUACGCGGAACCCAUUCCCGGGGCGGCGGGGCACAUUCCAGGAGAGUGUCGGGUUACAUCAACAAGUUCACCCGCAGACGUCCCCGCACAGCGUCUGCGUGUGAGGAGGAAAGUCGGAGCUCUGAGCGCGCCAUCCCCGCCGUUUCUGGCUCCUAUAACGGAGUGGACAGAACAAAACUACAACAGGAACAUAACGGUGCUUCAGGAGGGUGAGAGUCCCCAGGCUAAGCUGCUGACAGACGGGCUGACCCCGCGCGACGACAGACGAGCACCAGCGGGUCGACUCUCCAUCUCCGUCGGGCCUCCAUCCCCACCGCUCCCGAGCCGCUGCCGCAGGAGUUACGGCUGAGAAGUGACUCUAAGACGUGCCUCUAAGACAUCACUAGAGUCUAAGAAGACGUAAGAUGGGUAAGAAGAAGCAGACGAAGGUGACUAAGAAGGGCGGGCUGAUCUACUCCAAGGCGGAGUGGAAGGAGGAGUACCCGGCCUUCCGUUCUGGUGGCGGAGACGAAAACCUUGUGCCUCGCCGGCCGAAGAAGGGUGACCGCGAGCGGAGGGCGCGCCCGUACUCCGAGCCCGUCCUGUCGGAGAUUAACGUAGACGAGCCGUACGAUGAGGAGAAGGCGAGAACGCUAGACAGGCCGAGUCGACCCAAGUCCGUCAUGGUGGGAGGGCCAGAGGCGAGGACCAAGUCCCCGUCACGCCAGCCGAGUAGGAACCUGCUCUCCUGCCUACAGAUCCCGGAAGAGCAAGAUGAGGACGAAGCUGUCGUCACGGGAGACGUACCGAGGAUCGUGGUGGAGGAGGUGGACCAGCCGCCGACAAAGCGCGCCCGACAGGAGCCGACGAAACGCAGCCCACAGGACCCCCGGCAUGGUCGCCAUGGUGACGUUCCCAUGGAGACAGGCCUGCCAAUAGAAGCCAUCCACCUCGCAGGCCCCGCCAAACCUGGGCGAGAUGCAAAGGGCAGUCCGGCAAAACCUACAGGCACUGGCACAGAGGCCAGCCUGGACAGACGAGGACCCGGGACCAAGGGCAAACCUGGCGAUGAAGGUCGGAGCGGAACUCCAGACACUGAUGAGAAGGGGAAGGGGAAAAAGAAGAAAGUGUUUGGAGGGAAGAAAAAGGAAAAGGAAGAUGCAGAGAAAGAUGCUCAAGAAGGCAAGAAGAAGCCCAAGGAGAAGAAGAAAGAAAAAGAACGAAAGAACAAGAAGGCAGCUGAGAAAGGGAACGAGAGAGAAGACCGUCGACAGUCCCCUGAGGGCGAUGACGGGACCCUCCAGCUGAGGGAAGCUUCCUUAGACAGAGAUCCGCACGGCAGAGGGAGGCUAAAGGACAAGCGAUCAUCACGGCAAAGCCCCGAACACAGACCUGAGGAUGAUUUAGCGCUGGCCCCAACACGUGUUGACGACCUUGCCUUCACCCCAGUACCAGUAGAACACGUGACGCUCGCACCUGCUGCCAACAUGGCCGCCGCUCCACCCCAGUCCAAGGCUCGCGUCCAGGCAGCGCCCGCGUACGCCUCCCGACCAGAAAUGGUUUGCCCCAGCGAAGCUCCGUCCGACGCACCCAGGAUGAUCAAGAUCACCUUCCCUGUGGAGCAGGGGGUCCAGACAUCCCCAAAAUCGACCCCGACCUCCCCCACGUACCUUAGCCCCACGUCCGCGCGCCCGGGCAGCCCCGAGUCAUCGCCGGAUAAUCGCAGGGACGGCGAGAGGGGGCGGGCUCGCCAGCGCAGAACUCCUGAGGGGGGAGCGCUGGAGGGGGAGUUUCUCAGGAGGAGGUCACCGCUAGGGGACAGGUACAUUGUGGAGAAAGCGAGGCUGCUAGACGCCAACGUGACUCCAACGGAUUACGCUAAGAUGGAGGCAGAACUGGAGAGCCGGAGCGCUCCCCCGGGGCUGGAGUAUCCGGAACAUCGCUCCGGAGCAGUCCCAGAGUACCUGGUGAUCGGAGGGCUCGAGCACCGCUCCAUUCCCACACAGACCACCAGCAGUGUGUUCUCACGCCCCUCCUACUCCUACACGGACUCCACAGCAACCAUCGCCAUGGCAACCCACGCAGACACCAUGGCUACCCACCCCGACAGCCACGCUUUAAGGAAGGUCGUCGCUAAGGAAGUCUCCGUUUCUUCCCUUCAAGACGUCUCGAGCUCACCAGGUGGGGAGGCAGUUUCCGGGGAGAUGGUUACCACGGAGACCCAGGAGUACAAGCUCUACUCCUCAUCCUCUUCCUUCAAAACCAUCGAGAUGUACGGGGCAAAGUUCACGCUCGUCGGCCCCACGCCCACCGUCGUCACGGAAACCACCACCACCAGCCACAUCACCGGGACCGAACCAGAGUACGUCACAGCGACAAGCUACGUGAGCGGCUCCCCAACACAACCGGGCACCAACCAGAUGCAGUACACCACAUCCACCAGUCACAUGCCACCGGAAACAAACUACGUCACCAGUUAUGUUAGUGGGGCCCCAACACAACCGGAUGCUGGCCAGACACAAUACACAACAUCGACCGGUUUUGUAACUGGUGCCCAUUCAGAUGCCAGCCCUGUGCAGUACACCACCUCUGUGACCACCUACAGCGCUGGCCCCGCACAAUAUGCUGUGCCGGCUCAACCAGCCAGCACUGGCCCUACACAGUAUGCUGUACAGGCUCAACAAGUCAACGCCGGCCUUACGCCAGCUCAACCAGCCGUGGUGGUCAGACGAGAGGCAGCCACCAUCCAGACAGUGCAGCACAACAAGGCUGCAAACCGGGAGGCGGCUGUGGUCGAGUCUUCUCACGACAUUGAGAUCCGUCCGCUGAGAAUGGAGGAGGAGACAAGGGAGGAGGCGUCGCCAAGGUCGCCGGAGGUCAUUGUGUCAAACCUGUCUCCAGUUAGGGAGACUGUUGCUACGUUCGAGCAGCCGACGCCCGACGAUGCAGCAACAUCGCAGUACAAGCUGAACUACAUGCACUUCCCGGGGAGGGAUACGACCAUCACGGUGGUGAAGCGGCUCUCGGCUGGCCCCACCACCUUGGAGGGGCAGCAGCCAGAGGGGGAGGGGGGCGCCGACCUUCAGGCUGACCACUCACAGGGGAAACCAGAGGUCACGUACGAAACCAAGACGGUCGUGACAGAAGUGAAGUCUGAAGUACGUCAGCAGAAGGUCCCUGAAGUUUCUUACAAGCCUGAGGAAGUCAAGGUCAAAACAAACGACCUUCAGGAGAGUGCUCCAACCUUCGAGACGAAGUAUGAAGAAAGGGCAGUCGACGUGCCGCUGCCAAAGGCACCUCCUGAGGAAGAAGUGGCGGCAGAAGUUCCUGAGAAGAAGGAGAAGAAGAAGAAAAAGAAGCGGAGCUGGUUCAGAAAGGGUUCCUCCUCCUCAACAUCUGAUGAUCACAGUGAUGCGGCAGAGAAACCUGUUACCACGGUGACGGCUGGCGAUGGAGUGGAUGCAGCUGUAGCCAUGGCAACAGUAGAUGACAGAGUGGAUGCAGAUGUUGCCAUGGCAACAGUCAGCAAGCCUGUGGAGGAAAAGGUGGUUACCAUGACGACCACCAGGGUGGUGUCUGGAGUGGAGGCUGGGCCGGAGAGGGGCAUGCUGGGAGUGGAAGCCAGCGUGGAGCCAAGGGAGAUUCCGGAAGCUACACUGCAUGCUGGGAAGGCUGAGCCGGGACAGGGAGGGGCGGGAGACGACCUUGAGGGAGUCGGGAAGGUCGUGAUGGCAGAGGUGAAACAUGAGCCGAUGGUUCUGAAGGACAAACCGACAGGAGAAGGGGAAGAAAUGAGAACAGUGGGGAGAGAAAUAACAGAUGUGUCCGAAGCUCUGCAAGUUCUGAAAGGGUCGGAGGCCGACAUGACGCCUGUCAGUCAAGCCGUCAGCCAACCAAUCACAGCCCCUAGUUAUGGCUCACCUGUCAGUCAAACUUCCAGUCAGCCAAUCAGAGCCCCUGCGUAUAGGUCACCUGUCAAUCAAGAUCCCAGUCAGCCAAUCAGAGUUUCUAGUUAUAGCUCGCCUGUCAAUCAACCUGUCAGUGAACCAAUCAGUGCCUCUAGUAGUAGGUCACCUGUCAGUCAAGAUGCCAGUCAACCAAUCAGAGCUGCUGUCAAUCAACCUGUUAGUCAACCAAUCAGAGCCCCUAGUUACAGCUCACCUGUCAAUCAAGAUCCCAGUCAGCCAAUCAGAGCCCCUAGUCAAAGCCCAGAGUCAGAAAACCGUCCUCGUGGAGCCAGCGCCCGUCCUGACCAAUCAGAUCGCCCUGGCGAGCUGACCAUCCUCUUAGAGGGCCAGAAAGCCGCCGUGCCGCUGUCCAGACAGGACCGUCCGUACGAGCGGCUCAAGAACAUCAUCAAGGCCAUCGACAAGGUUCUGGAGUCGGAGGGAGAAGCGAAAGCGAGCAGCGCCCUGCCACUACACGAGGGAAUCCCCCGUAGCGCCCCCCACGAGGGCACGUCACGGAGCAUCUCGGUCCAGACAGUGCAGCAUUCGUCGCUUAGCAACAAGGAGGUGCAGACUGACGAGGAGGUUGACAGUGAGGAUGAUUUCCUGGAGGUUUGGGCUGGAAGAUCGCCACAUUCUCCGUCCGACCGGGUCAUCAUCAGCAGGGUCCCCGCCCGACAGUCAACCGAGCGUCGCCGGGCGGCAGGGCCGACGCCCGACAACAGACGACCCACGCUGGAUGACAUCACGGUAUAUCGAGAUGGUGGCUGUCAGACAGAGUUUGAAGCAGACCCCCAGCUGGGCAGCCCCCGGGGGGUGGGGACGGAGCCCCUGGGUGAGGGGAGUCCGUACGAGAAGUGGAGGUGGGAGGAGAUCAACGUGGUCAUCAAACAUCAGCAGGACGGAGGAAAAACUGACGUGGAGGGCGUGGAGACGACGUGGAAGCGGGUUCCAGACGUUGGGGACGGAGAAGGAGAGGAGACGACAGGUGUGUUUGACGACAGUUACCGUGCCAACAACUGGAUCUAUGUAGGAGAUGAUGAUGAGCUGCCCUCAGCCCAGUCCACGCCUAAAGGCUCACCAGUCAUGCACUCCAUGGGGACUUCUACGGAUGAUGAUGAUGAUCUACCUGUUGAGUUCAGUCGUCGGCAGGUAGGACGAGAGUCGACAGGUACGACGCUGUCCGAGGCCUCCUUCCGACAGCGGUACCGUAACGCCUCCCGCAGGAAGAGACAAGACACCAGCGCGAGGCUAGCCAACCUGCCGCCCGCAGUCCGUGAGAGAACGAUCCGCCUGGCGAAGCAGCCCGGCGUCCAGUUCGGCUUCCGCAUCCAGAAGUCCCGACCAAUCGUCAUCACCGAGGUCGACAGAGACAGCCCAGCAGAGAGAGCUGGGAUCCGUGUGGGCGACAUUCUCACAUCCGUGCAGAACCGCGACGUCACGGAUUGUCCCACUGACCGGCUGACCUUGACGGUGGCCACGACCUUGGGGAACACACUGCGGGACAUGGGCGGGGAGCCGGUUGCCACGGGUUACCUGCACAAGCUGUCGGGCGGAAGGGUCGGGAAACAGUGGCGCAAACGCUGGUUCGUUCUGAAGAAGGACAACACGCUGUACUACUACAAAACACGGGAGGAUAAGGAGCCGCUGGGCACCAUCGUCCUAGCCAACUACACGAUCACCCCCGCACACGAGAUUGGUAGGACCCACGCCUUCAAGGCCAGUCGCUUCAACACAAGGACUUACUACUUCUCAGCGGGGACAGAGGAGGAGAUGGACAUGUGGUCUCGGCUCCUGAACCAAGCAUCAGCGCAGUCUGCGAAGCACACCUUCUGUCAGUCACCAUGUCUGGAGAACCUUGCAGUGAGGGGAAGGGCCUUGAAGUGUGCUGUCUGUCGUCAGCAGGUCAGGCUGCCACCCCAGGGGGUCACAGGUUUGCCGGACAAUCUCAUGGCAGGAAAUAUGUUAGAGAGACUUCAACAGUCAGAGGAAACAAGGGAACAACCAUCUGCACCAACACCAGCAGCACCUGCAGCAAAGGGCACAGGUCAUCUCCAUUGUAACCAAAAGCAAGGGGAGCCUCAGUCUCAGAGGGUGACAUUUGGUGGAGAGGGAUCAGGAACAGGACAGUUUGAUGGUCCAUCUGGUGUUACAGUGUCAGAUGAAGGGGAGAUCUUUGUAGCAGACUAUGGAAACCAGAGAAUCCAAGUCUUCACCCUGCAGGGAACAUCUAAGCGCCAGUUUGCAGCAGUCGUGCCAGGUGGAGAAAAGAUAAACCCACAUGAUGUGGCCAUGGAUGGGGAGGGAAACCUGUGGGUGGUGGGGUGGACAGAGUCUGCUCAUUUUGCUGUGCAGUACAACAAACAAGGCAGGGUGCUGAGGAAGUUUGACCUACAGAAGACAGGGUUUGCCCGAGGAGUUGCCGUGGACACCAGGAGGAACCACAUUCUCAUCACACAAGUAACAGAAGAUCUAGAUAGUUACUUACAUGGUGCAGUUUUGGUGUUCAGGCCAGAUGGGAGACUUGUGAAAACUGUGGGUCGGCAGCAGGGGAUGGGUUACCCAUGGUACAUGACUGUGAAUGGGGAAGGGAACAUUCUUGUGUCAGACCGGAGUGUUUAUGUGUACAAUGAGGACGGACAGUUUCUAUUCCAGUUCGGAGCUGAGGGAAGCGGUGAAGGUCAGCUGUCCUAUCCCCGUGGCAUCUGUACAGACAGGGCAGGUAACGUCAUCGUGGCAGACCAGAACAACAAGCGUGUGGAGAUGUUUGACAAGACAGGAAAAUUCCUCAAACACAUCACUAUAGACAUGGAGUAUCCAUGGGAACCUGUGGGUCAGGUGGGGGACACAGGCCCAGAGUCUGCUGACUUUGCUGUGCAGUACAACAAACAGGGCAGGGUGCUGAGGAAGUUUGACCUACAGAAUGCAGGGUGGGGCAGAGGAGAUACCGUGGACACCAGGAGGAACCACAUCCUCAUCACACAAACCACAGGAGACUGGCCUGACCAACAUGGUGAAGUUUUGGUGUUCAGGCCAGAUGGGACACUUGUGAGAACUGUGGGUCAGCAGCAGGGGAUGAAGCAUCCAUGGUACAUCACUGUGGAUGGGGAAGGGAACAUUCUUGUGUCAGACUGUGAGAAUUGCUGUGUCUAUGUGUACAAUGAGGACGGACGGUUUCUGUUCCAGUUUGGAGACAUGGAGUGGCCAGAGGCUGUUACCAUGGUACCACAGGGACAGCUGGUAGUGACUGAUAUGAACAACACCAUUUCUGUCUUCCAGCCCACAGACACCACAGUGCCAGUAUUGGGACAUGUGAGGGUCCAGUCUCUCCCAUCUAUGCCAAUCUUAGUAGCACCUGCAACAAUCUCAGCAGCACCUGCACCAAUACCUGCAGCACCUGCAACAAGGGACAUACACUAUCACCAUGGUAACCAAAGGCAAAGAGAGCAUCAGCCACAAAAGAUUUUAUUUGGUGGAGAGGGGUCAGGGUCAGGAAAGUUCAUUGACCCAGUUGGUGUUACAGUGUCAGAUGAAGGGGAGAUCUUUGUGGCAGACUAUGGAAACCGGAGAAUCCAAGUCUUCACCCUGCAGGGAACAUUUGUGAGACAGUUCCCAACAGUCGUGUCAGGUAGACAGAAGAUGGACCCAUAUGAUGUAGCCAUGGACGGGGAGGGGAACCUGUGGGUGGUGGGGGGUAAAGGGUCUGCUGACUUUGCUAUGAAAUACAACAAACAGGGCAGGGUGCUGAGGAAGUUUGGCUUACAGAAUGCAGCCGGGUGGAUGAAAGGAGUUGCCGUGGACACCAGGAGGAACCACAUCCUCAUCACACAAACCACAGGAGACAUGCACAACCCACAUGGUGCAGUUUUGGUGUUCAGACCAGAUGGGACACUUGUGGGAAUUGUGCGUCAACAGCAGGGGAUGAAGCAUCCAUGGUACAUCACUGUGGAUGGGGAGGGGAACAUUCUUGUGGCAGGUAACAUUAUUGUGGCAGACGGGUUAAACAGGCGUGUGGAGAUGUUUGACAGGACACGAAAAUUCCUCAAACACAUCACUACAGGCAUGCAGUAUCCAUGUGCUGUUGCCAUGGCACCACAGGGACAGCUGGUAGUGACUGAUGUUAAGAACUAUUCAGUCUCCAUAUUUCACUGCUACUGA